AGGAGAGAUAGAUGCUCGACUGUCUCUACGUGUGACAACAUGGAUUCCAGACCCUCUCUGACUGAAGAUGAUUUCUCCUGUCCUGUGUGCUGUGACAUCUUCAGGGAGCCUUUACUCCUGGCCUGCUCCCACAGCAUCUGUAAGAGCUGCCUGCACACCUUCUGGCAGCAGCGAGGAGCUCUAGAGUGUCCUAUCUGCAGGACCGUGUCCUCCACUCCUGAGCCUCCGGUGAACGUCGUGCUGCACAACAUGUGUCAGGCGGUACUGAAGGAGCGGAACCGGCGGAUGUCAGUGGAAAUGGAGGGGCUCUGCAGUAUACACCGUGAAGCUCUUACUCUGUUCUGCAUAAAGGAUCAGAGGCCUCUCUGCACCAAGUGCAAGAACUCCAGAUUACACAGCAACCACACUGUCUGCUCCAUACACGAAGCAUCACAAAACCUCAAGCACGCACUUGAGAUGAAACUGAAGCCCUUACAUGAGAAGACUAAAAUAUAUGAGGACUUCAAACAGUCCUGUGUUAAAACUGUAGAGCACAUUAUGAAGCAGAGUCAAAACACAGAGGCAUUGAUCAGGGGGGAAUUCAAUAAGUUUCACCAGUUUCUCUGGGAUGAAGAGGAGGCUAGAAUAACAGCACUGAAAGAGGAAGAGGAGCAGAGAAGUCAAACAGUGAAGAAAAAGAUUGACAAGAUCACAAUUCAAAUAGCCAGCGUCUUGGACACCAUCAAAGCCACUGAGAAACAGAUGCAAGGAGAAGAUUUGCUAUUUCUUUUGAACUACAACACUUCACUUGAAAGAACUCAAGCUAAACUAGAAAAUCCAGAGAAAUUAUCUGGAGUUCUGAUCAAUGUGGCAAAGCAUCUGAGCAACCUGAGCUUCCAAGUGUCGGAGAAGAUGCACAGCUUUGUACAAUACACCCCUGUGGUGUUUGACCCCAACACUGCCCACGCUGGCCUCAUAGUGUCUGAUGAUCUGAUCACGGUGGCUUAUAAAGGCGAGCUUCAGCAGCUUCCUGAUAACUCAGAGAGGUUUGAGGGUUAUGUGAGUGUCAUAGGCUCUGAGGGCUUUAAUUCAGGCACACACUGGUGGGAUGUCGAGGUUGGAGACAACACAGCCUGGGCUGUGGGAGUCAUCUCAGAGUCUGUGUAUAAGCACAGAGAGAACCUCUCACGGUUUGGUCUGUGGUAUGUUGGCUUCUGCAAUGACAAAUAUGGUAAAGGAUAUGCACCUGAGAUCCUGACACUGUUGCGGGUUAGUGAGAAGAUCAAGAGGAUCAGGGUGCAGGUGGACUUUAACAAGGGCAAGGUGAUCUUCACUGACUCAGCCCGUAACAUCUGUCUGCACAUCUUCAAACAAUCUUUUAAGGAGAGAGUUUUCCCUUACUUUUACAGCCACUGCAAACUCCAUCCUCUGAGAAUAUUACCAGUAAAGUCCUCAGUGACCAUUCAGAUGGGCAGUUAGAUGAUACCAGACACAACGAGUUAACUUAGGCUAAACAAUAAUUUAGAGCAGUGGUGGCUCAGUGGUUAAUGUGCUGGCCUCUUACUCAGAACAUUAUGAGUUCAAAUCCCUCAAUUGCUAACCUGCCACUGAUUGGUCCGUGAGCAAGGCCUGUAGUCCCUGCUGUAUCAUGGCUGUCCCUAGUUUUCUAACAGUACAAUAUUUCACUUUAUUGUACAAACAUGUACAUGUGACAAUAAAGUCAGUGAUUAAAAGAAAAAUCAAUGAUCAUAGAACACUGGAAGGGUCAGGGAUGUUUGUGUAGCUAAUAGUGGUUUUGAAAUGGUGUGCCAGUGCAAGUUAUCACAUUCAAUAAUAAAGCAAUAAGCCAUGAGAGGGUGGACGCUGUAUUGACUUUAUCUCAGGGAAGGGUGUAAAACAUACUUACCCAUGAUAAAAUCACUACAUCUGACUACACUGAUGUUCACUACAUAUUAGAAUGCUUUUUUUUUUUUUUGUUACAACUUAGAGUAAAAGUUAAUCUUGCAGCAGUAGCUAUGAGGUAGAUGAUCCAGCAUCUCUGCAGCCACAUAAACACAUUUUGGUGAGCAGCAAUUUAUUAUUACACAGAUUGUAUUUACAUAACCCCUAGUCACACAUUUAGCAUAUUCAUUUUUGUCUUGCAUUUACAGAUAAUAUUUAAGUACAUAUGGCCCUGCAAGACCUGCUAAGGGACAUUCCUCACAAAAGAAAGACUCUGUCUCAGAACAGCAGGCUCAAAGCUCAGAUAGAUAUAAUGCUGUCAGAUGAUGAACAUUAAAAGCAUAAUGUUACACAUCUGUGACAAAUUAUUGAUUGCAAAUCGAGUGUGCUGUGAGGUACAGAGUCAGUCUGCCAGGACUUUUCCUUUACAGUGCCUAAGACACAUCCAGCAGAUGUUUUUAAUGUGUUUGCUAAUACAUGUUUUAGGAUAUUGUCUUCUCUCAGUCAUUCUAUAUCAAAGCAGAAGAUAAAGGAAACAUUACAUCUACUGUCAGAAGAGUGUGACUAUUUAUGAUUUCCCCUUCAACUGCUUAAUACUUCUGUGUGCUCAGCAUAACAUUAAAGUAAACACUGUGUCUAUCCACUACUA